AUGGCAUUCCCAUUUUCCGAUCAACCUCCCGCCCAGCGGGUACCAUACGCCAUUCCUCAGCUCGAGGGAGAGCGCAUCACAAUUCCUGGCAGCAAAGGCGUGUUUCGCAUCUUGACUUCUUCCAAACAAACCAAUGGCCUGAUGGCUGUCUUUCAGAGCGGUGCCACGGUCUCGGAUGCACCUGGCUUCCAUUAUCACGAGAAAGCUCAUGAUGUUUUCUUGGUGACCAAAGGUUUCUUGAAAUUAUGGAACGGCCCUCAAUGUCGGAUCUUGGGGCCUGGAGACUUUGCAUAUAUUCCUCCCACUGUGAUUCAUAAUCCUGAAAUGGUUGGCCCACAUACCGAGCUACAGGGCCUCAUCACCCCUGGAGACUGGGUGGAUUUCUUCCGUUACGUGUCGGAGCCCUUUGAGGGUAUCCUGGUCCCCGAGACCGAUGACCGCGACCUCAAAUCUCUUUUGAUCCCCAAGGUCAUGGCUGCCAAGGGCAAGUUCGAUGUGGUCUUCCAGCCGCACUAUGUCCCGCCCGAGGUGAGCGACUGGACCAAGGAGGAUGAGAAGUUGCCCGAAGGGAAUCAGGGAUAUUUCCUUCGUGCCAACACAGGUCCACGGUGGAUGUUGGGAGGAGUGAUGUCGCGGCCAUUUGUGACGACCAAACAGAGCGCCGGAGUGUGUGCGAUUUCCAGCAUCGAGUCGUCCAAGGAUUACGGCGACACCGUGUUCUCGCAACCCAUGACGUUUGAGUCUGUGGAUCACUGUUUCUGUGUGAUGGAGGGUAAAUUGAAGGUGACCCUGAAUGGUUCCGGAGAAGGGAUCUUCCAUGAAGGCGAGACGGUUGUCAUUCCCGCCGGCCAAGCGUUCUCGCUCGGCUUUGAGAGCAAAUAUGUGAAGGUGCACUCUUUCGCCGAUGGAGACGGGAUUGAGUCGCUGAUCCAUCGGGCCGGUGGGCAAAUUGAUCAAGUCGUGCUGCCGGACCAAGCACCAGCUCAUGAUGCGUCAAGGAUUGCGGCAGUGGCACAAGAAUUGAAAAUUACACUGCAGGAAUCGCGCUAA